GGCCAAGAAUGGUCUCGCAGCGGCAGCGUCGGAGAGGGAUUCAGUGGAAGGCGUCUUCGUAAACGCUCUUCUUCUUGCCCCCCAUUUUCUACUUCUUCCUUCCCUCCAGCGUUUUCUAUCCCUUUUCCCUCAUUUGAUUCCUUCCCUUCUUUGCCGAAAAUGAGGGAGUGCAUCUCGAUCCACAUCGGUCAGGCCGGCAUCCAGGUCGGAAAUGCCUGCUGGGAGCUCUACUGUCUCGAGCACGGCAUUCAGCCUGAUGGGCAAAUGCCUGGUGAUAAGACAGUUGGUGGAGGGGAUGAUGCUUUCAACACCUUCUUCAGUGAGACAGGUGCUGGAAAGCAUGUACCACGUGCAGUUUUUGUGGACUUGGAGCCUACUGUCAUUGACGAAGUAAGGACUGGGACAUACCGUCAGCUCUUCCACCCAGAGCAGCUUAUUAGCGGCAAGGAAGAUGCUGCCAAUAAUUUUGCCCGUGGUCACUACACCAUUGGCAAAGAAAUUGUUGACCUCUGCUUGGACCGCAUCAGAAAGCUCGCUGACAACUGCACUGGUCUCCAAGGUUUCUUAGUUUUCAAUGCUGUUGGUGGUGGCACCGGCUCAGGCCUUGGAUCCCUUCUCUUGGAGCGCCUUUCUGUAGACUAUGGAAAGAAGUCCAAGCUUGGCUUUACUGUGUAUCCUUCUCCACAGGUUUCCACAUCUGUUGUUGAGCCCUACAACAGUGUACUUUCCACCCAUUCUCUCCUAGAGCACACUGAUGUGGCUGUCCUUCUCGACAACGAAGCCAUCUAUGACAUCUGCAGGCGCUCUCUUGACAUUGAGCGCCCCACCUACACCAAUCUGAACCGCCUUGUCUCUCAGGUCAUCUCUUCGUUGACAGCAUCUCUGCGGUUCGAUGGUGCCCUCAACGUUGAUGUCACAGAAUUCCAAACGAACUUGGUUCCCUACCCCAGGAUCCACUUCAUGCUUUCCUCUUAUGCUCCUGUGAUCUCUGCAGAGAAGGCUUACCAUGAGCAGCUGUCUGUGGCUGAGAUUACCAAUAGUGCCUUCGAGCCAUCUUCCAUGAUGGCGAAAUGUGAUCCUCGUCACGGAAAAUACAUGGCAUGUUGUCUCAUGUACAGGGGGGAUGUUGUCCCCAAAGAUGUGAAUGCUGCUGUUGCAACAAUCAAGACCAAGAGGACCAUCCAGUUUGUCGACUGGUGCCCCACAGGGUUCAAGUGUGGUAUUAACUACCAGCCACCAACAGUUGUUCCUGGUGGUGAUCUUGCCAAGGUUCAGAGGGCUGUCUGCAUGAUCUCCAACUCGACUAGUGUUGCUGAGGUGUUCUCUCGCAUUGAUCACAAGUUUGAUCUAAUGUAUGCCAAGCGUGCCUUUGUUCACUGGUACGUUGGUGAGGGAAUGGAAGAAGGUGAGUUCUCUGAGGCUCGUGAGGAUCUCGCUGCACUGGAGAAGGACUACGAGGAAGUAGGAGCUGAAUCUGCAGAGGGUGAAGAUGGCGAUGAAGGAGACGAGUAUUGAUGUGUUGUGCUUUUUUACUACUGGUUUUCAGACUUCUUUUCUUGUUUGCCUGUGUCAUGUCUUGUGUUCCAAUGUUUACGCAUGUGUCGUGUUUUCGAAGGUUGAUCAACUUUUAAUAUGAUGAUGGGGAUACGCUAGUGUGUCGUAUGUGGUAUCUUUCAGUCUCUGUUCAGUAAUGGUAAAAACCAUCACUCUUCUGGGUGUUUUUUGGCAGUA